GCUUGCACAACACACAGCUAGCGUCGCAGGAUUUUCCCGUCAAAAAAUGGUGUUUUUUUUACCGAAUAAAGCCGUUCCCGCGGAAGUCAUAACAAUAUGGAAUACGAAAGAAAACAAUUCGAUUAUUUUUUCAAUAGCCAAGAAACUAAGGAAACUAUUCACCAAGAGCAUGUCAGGAGAUUCUGACCGGGUUGAUCAGGACCUUGUCCAGGCACCUCAAACUGGUUUUAAGUCGUCUCCUUCCGUUUCGAUUGUACCCGGCCCAGUGUCAACGAGUGAAGACGUCCCGCAGUCAGCUUCAUUUGAUAAGAACAUAUCAAGGAAGCCCAGGAACUUAUUGAUUCCUUCYAUUUUGGUGUCUAUAUUAUGUUUCUGGCCUCUUGGAUUUGCAGCUAUUUGGCAAGCUGCAAAG